AUGCUGUAUAAAUAUUUCAAUAUUAUAUUAGGAAAGAACCUAACAUUCAUAUAGUAAAUAAAAAGAAGUUUUAAAAAUAGAUAAGAUAAUUAUUCUGUAAUUUUAAGAGAGUAAAAUAGAAAGAAUUAAGAAGAAAAUUGAUUAGUAUAUAUGUAAUUAAUAAUAAAUAAUAAAUAAUAAUUAGAAUAGUAAAAAAAUAAGAUGAAUGUUAAAAUGAUUUCCAAAUAAUCAUUCAUAAAUAUUACAACCUUUAAGAUCAUUUUAAACAGAGAAUGAAAUUUCAAAUAAUACCUAUUUAUGUAUAAUAUUUAUUAAGAACAAAACUGCAAUUAAAAUUACGAUGA